AUGCCAGGGAAGCCCAAGCACCUGGGCGUCCCCAACGGACGCAUGGUUUUGGCUGUCUCCGAUGGAGAGCUGAGCAGCACGGUGGGACCCCAGGAGCAGAGUGAGGGCCGAGGCAGCUCCCUCAGCGUCCACAGCCUCCCCAGUGGCCCCAGCAGCCCCUUCCCCGCGGAGGAGCAGCCUGUGGCCAGCUGGGGCCUGUCCUUCGAGCGGCUGCUGCAGGACCCGCUGGGCCUGGCUUACUUCACUGAGUUCCUGAAGAAGGAGUUCAGUGCCGAGAACCUGACUUUCUGGAAGGCCUGCGAGCGCUUCCAGCAGAUCCCCGCGAGCGACACCCAGCAGCUGGCUCGGGAGGCCCGCAGCAUCUACCAGGAGUUCCUGUCCAGCCAGGCGCUGAGCCCCGUGAACAUCGACCGGCAGGCCUGGGUCGGUGAGGAGGUGCUGGCGGAGCCGCGGCCGGACAUGUUCCGGGCACAGCAGCUCCAGAUCUUCAACUUGAUGAAGUUCGACAGCUACGCGCGCUUCGUCAAGUCCCCCCUGUACCGCGAGUGCCUCCUGGCGGAGGCCCAGGGGCGCCCCCUGCGGGAACCUGGUUCCUUGCGCCUCGGCAGCCCCGACGCCACCAGGAAGAAGCCGAAGCUGAAACCCGGGAACUCGCUGCCGCUGGGUGUGGAGGAGCUGGGGCAGUUGCCGCCGGCUGAGGGCGCUGCGGGCCGCCCGCUCCGCAAGUCCUUCCGCGGGGAACUGUCGGGCUCAGCAGCAAAUUCGGGCUCCCUCAACUCCUCCGCCAGUCUGGACCUGGGCUUCCUUGCCUUCCUCAACAGCAAAUAUGAGUGCCAUCGGAAGAGCCUUGGGAGCUCAGAAGGUGAGAGUGACAGCCGGACGGGGAAGUACUGCUGCGUGUACCUGCCUGAUGGCACCGCCUCCUUGGUCCUGGCCCGGCCUGGCCUCUCCAUCCGGGCCAUGAUGGCAGGCAUCUGUGAGAAACGAGGCCUCUCCCUACCUGACAUCAAGGUCUACCUGGUGGGCAACGAGCAGAAGGCCCUGGUCCUGGAUCAGGACUGCACCGUGCUGGCGGACCAGGAAGUGAGGCUGGAAAACAGGAUCACCUUCCAGCUGGAGCUGGCGGCGCUGCAGCGCGUGGUGCUCAUCUCGGCCAAGCCCGCCAAGCGGCUGCGGGAGGCGCUGCAGCCCAUCCUGGCGAAGCACGGCCUGAGCGCUCACCAGAUCGAGCUGCGCCGGCCAGGCGAGAAGCAGCCGCUGGACCUGGGGCAGCCAGUGAGCUCGGUGGCGGCCCAGAGGCUGGUGUUGGACACUCUCCCAGGUGUGAAGAUUUCUGAAACCGGCGACACCUGUCCCCGCCGAAGCCAGCGCACCCCGCCUGGAACCCAGGACAAGGGCAUCCCCCUCCCUCCACUGCCGCUCAGCUCCCUGGCCGAGGCUCCCAGCAGUGUCACUGGGAAGCGACAGACCUGUGACAUUGAAGGCCUGGUGGAGCUGCUGAACCGGGUACAGAGCAGCGGGGCCCAUGACCAGAGGGGCCUUCUGCGCAAAGAGGACCUGGUGCUUCCAGAAUUUCUGCAGCUGCCUGCCCACGGGCCCGACUCCCAGGAGGCCCCAGCACAGACUGAAUCAUCAGCCAAGCCCAAGAGAGGCCCCUGGGACUCUGCCCUCUGA